CUGUACGGCCUAGAGAAAGCGUCGUACGAAAAACGUGGCCUCUGACAGUUCCUCUCAGGCUUCUUUCUGCUACAGUUCUCUUCCUUCGACCUCUUCUAUCAAUCGUCAUUCGACAAAACAGUAUCGCGUUCAGUCACACGCAAUAGGUCUCGUGCAAUGGACGUAGUCGACCAACCUGAGCUUCCAACUGUUCGGAAAUGGGUGCAAGAAAAUUACACACUGUCGAAUUUUCGAGCAACAUGUAAUAAGUGCCAAGAAAUUUUAUACUUUGUCUGCACAGAAGCCCUUACGGAUCAUAUAAAACGCGAACAUGAAGCUUCUUAUCAAUUUGAAGAGUCAGAGGGACUUUCAGAUUGUAAAAUCUACAGAAAACCUGACGAUGAUGGCCCACCAGAAUGUGCUGUAUGUGAUAAGCGUGUUACCAUCGAAGAGACUUCCGAGCACCAACAUUUCGUAGAAGGACAAAUUGUAGUGGACAUUAAUCAUGACUGGGUGUUCAAAUAUUUUAGACAGAUUUCUGACAAUAUUUUUUUAGCAUAUUGUGUUCUUUGCAUACGUAAAUAUCGCACCGAAAUGUUUCGAUUGGCGUUUGAUGAAAUCAUAUUCUUGCAUUUUAAAAGGUUUCAUCCAGAAAUAUGGGGGGAAGGAUUACCAUUUAGUGAACAAUCAGCAACGUCAUUAGGUGGCGUAAAUUUAACAAGACUAAAUAUGUUUUUACAAAUAUAUGACAAUGCCGAAUGGAACACAAGGGAUUGGGAAAAUCGCGAAAUAGCUAUAAAUUGGGUGAAAAGGAAAUAUAAAUUAAUAACGAGAUUUCGAGCAAAGUGUAAAAGGUGUCUUGUUAUUUAUAGUAGCAUCGACACAUCACUCUUCGCUCAACAUGUGUUAACGAAAGAUAUACCUUUAUAUAGUGACGAAGAGGCUACACGUUUUGUUUCCCUACAUUCACAUUGGAUCAAUUUUAAGUUUACCAAGGAACGGAAAGCACAAUGUCUUAUGUGUUCCGAUCAAUUUUUCAUGCAAAGUAACACGUGGUUAAAUCAUCGACAUGAAGCAAAGGAUGAUAAUAACGCAUUCGUUAUUCAGUAUUCAUGGCUUUGCAAAUAUGUGACAAACAUCAAAGAUGAUAACGAUGAUUUUAAAGGAUGUUGCAUUGUAUGUGAUGAAAAUCACAUCUUGGACUUUAUGCCUUCAAAACACUUAUUCUUUCACAUAUUCGAAAAUGGGUGUGGAAAUUUGAUGAGAAGAGAUGACCCAGUACCAGGAAAUGACUCACAACCAAAAGAUGAUUUACCAAUGCAAGAACAAGGAUUGGAAAAACUUACACUGUACAACAAACCGUCAACAAGCAAUGAAAUAAAUUGAAAAGAAGGUAAGGUGCUGUAUCUAUACUUUUGACAAUGGAGAUGAUGAUAGUCGAAUUGAGACCGAGCCACAAACAACAAUAACGUCAGUUUUGACUUCGAUCGCUUAGUUAAUUUGAAAUGUAUAAAAGAAUUAUCUUUAACGUCUGUAUAUAUUAUUUUGAUUUUUAUAAAGUUAUA